AUCUUGUGUAACUUCUACUAGGUGUCGUCUUCAUCGUCAACGCGUACCUUCGGACCAUAGAUACUCGUGCAACAUAUAAAGAGCCCCAUCGGAUCGUUCCUACUGUUGUGUUCGUUUCACACGAUUCUCUCGCCAAGGGUGCUCCCUGCCAAACAUUUUUGAGUAAACUCUUUGAGAGCUGCAGCUGUCCGUUCACGAUGUCUUCUGAUACCUUCACCCAUCAAGUUCCAAUAAACGGGACUAUUCAGACUGAAGUCUUGCCGGGAAAUAAAACGAACCUGUACUACAUCUUGGUCUCAAAUUUACCAUGGCAAACAUCUUGGCAGCAACUGAAAGACCAUGUGCGGACCGUGUGCGCGGUUGAUCGAGUCGAGGUGUUCAACGAGAGCACGUCUGGUUGGGUUUCAGUUCGAGGUCGGGAGAAUUACGAUGCAGCUCUCCAGUUGCUCGAUGGAGGUAUUUUCAACGGGAGACCACUCUUCGCCAAUGGCAAGAAUGUUUCCGAAUCUAUUAUGAUCAGGGAACCCGUGGGUGCCUCCAAAACGGCUCCCAAAACGGCUUCCAAAACGGCCUCCAAACCGACUUCUAAACCAACUUCCAAAGCGAGCUCCAAAGCGAGCGGCUCUACAUCUAAGACCUCUCAUACACCGAGAUUCAAGACGCCUCCUUCGACGCAAUAUGCAGCUAGCACACCCCCAUUGAUGUCACCACUUGCCGCUGGGUACGGGGAAUGGACUUCUCCUGCAACUUCUUCGCCGUAUACAGCUACAUCAUCAAUGGAAUGCGCGCCUUACACCGUGUCAAACGCCGUGCCAUACGAUUACAAUGAGACACCGGGUUGCUACCCUUAUGAUACUUCAAGUAGCAGCUACCUGGACCAAUCAGCCAUGGGCUCGUCUCCUACGAUGGUACAAUAUCCUUACGAGACAAACUUCUCACAGCAAUACCAGAUGAGUGAGUACCAGAACAAUGAUUACGCUAUGUAUAGCAGUAUGCCUACACCGGAGUCGGCACCAUCGCGACCAAAUAAUCCUUCCAAUGGCAUGAUUCCAACGAAACAACGCAAAAUCAUUGUGAAACAACUUCAACCAUGGAUCAAUAUCAACCAGGUACAAGAUCUUAUCCGAAAGAAAGCCGGAUCCGAUGCUGAUAAAAUUCAGCAUAUUGACCUACCACUAACGGAAGGCCAAGAAUCGAACAGAGGUUAUGCCCUGAUCACGUUCCAGAGCGAAGAGGUUGCCAACAAGCUGAUUCGGCGACUCGAUGGAUACAAGUACGACGGUCGGGAACUGAGAGUCAACUACACCAAGGAGGGCGUAUCAGAGAACGAAAACGUCAGGCCCCGGGCUUCUGGGCAUAAAGAGCGGCGGGACGACAGAGAGAAGAAGGAGAAGAAGGAGAGCACCCGAGGAUCAAGUUCCCACGAAAAAAAGAACAAAUCGCAUAAAUCAGGCGUCGUCAUCGCCCACGGUUCAUCAUCUUCAUCGUCUCCUUCAAAGAAGUCAGAUCCGAAGGAAAAGUCAAGCAAACGACAUUAGGCUAGCACGAUCCCACGCAAUGAAAUGUUGGUCUAUGGAUACAGGGGAUAAACUACCGCAUGGCUAUGGUUUCCUAUUUCUCAGGUAAAAAGGCUCUGCGAACGUUUCUUGUUCAUUUUUCUUCUUUUGCCCCAUAUACGGCAAGGGCGGUCUACUGCUAGCUGGAAUACACGCAUAGUCGGCUCAACUGUCCUUACCGUGAUGUACCUACGCAAUUGUAGACAUCUAUACGAAAAUCAGGUCAUUUCUUGGCCAUAUCGGAUAGGAAACCUGCAAUUCAUUGUAUAACAAAACCUGAUUCUAUCUCUAUCUAAUUCUAGGCGGUGUAGUUGUUAGCCGGAGAGAAAAAGGGGCGCCGUCCCCUUUCCGGCCAGGGAUAGAGGCUCUUGGUAUAUACCUCCUGCAGAGCCUCAUAUUAAUGGAAUCUAACGAAACCUUCCACGUCAUCGGUUGCGGAAGGGGGGUUUACAGGCGGAAAGCAAUA